GCUUCCUGAGGGAGUGGCAGCAGGCGCCCUCCAUCGCCCUGGACGUGUGGCGGGGCGGCAACCUCACCCUCGACCCGACGCCCGAGCAUGAUAAUAUCAAGAGAUUCGCUUCCUACAAGACCUUCGUCGGCGUGGCAUCGUGAAGUGCUACGUGCCCGAAAUACCCUCGAUGUUCCUGCGCGACCGAGCUCGUGGAGGCUUCCGGCUGAAGGGCAGUCGCGUCGGAGUCCUCAGGGAAGGCUUCCUGCACAAUAUUGAAGAGAUGAGAUACCUUGUAUUCGAAGACACAGUUGUGGACAAGGUAGUGGGUUCUGUUGCAACUGAAGGCUAUGUGACCCUCAGUAAGCGAGAACUACACAGCUGGAUUGGUCUCCGUCUCUCUAACGUCUCUAUAAACAGCCUAGCUAAAAAUGCCUUCAACCUCACACAUAAGUCUGACAUGGAGACAGCUAUGGUCGUCAACAGCAUGCUAGGGACUGUGGGAACAGGAGCUCUCACUGUUGCAGGAGAUGUUUCGGUCACCAUCACUGGCAACACCUUCCAGCAUCUUCAAAAAGAAGCAUUUAAGAUAGCCGUGACAGGAGAUGUGAAGUUUGACGAAAAUGUGAUCAAAUCAUUUGACCCUGAUGCUCUGGAGGGUUUGGUGUGCCACAACCACACUUCCCUUGAGAGAAACACAGUCCAUGUUGGGAAGUUUGAUGGACUGGCUCUUAAUGCAUCAGCUGCUCCCUUCCAUGAAUCUUGUGGAAGCCCACAGCUCUUCAUGGUGGUGACGCCUCCCGCAUCCAGGGUAACAUCAGCUACAGCAGUGGCCACAUGGCUCAUAGGUGUGAUUCUUCUAGUGUUGGUAGUUGCCCUUGUAGCAGGUGUAAUAUACACCUGGAAGACUCAAGGGCUAGUAUUACGCUACUACACAGGAAGGGGAGCUCCUAUGUACCUUAACGGGCGGAAGUCGUCCCAGGAGAACCUCCCAAAUAGUGCUGAGAUUAGCGCCAAUGCUGAGGCUGCAGAGACUGGCGUGUCAAACCCAAUGUACAAUACGACAGCACCAAGCUAAGGCUUUAGGCAUUUUGAAAGGUGAAUGUAUGAAAGGGAGAUGCGGUUCUUUUUCCCCACGUAGUAUGAUAUACAUGAAGUUUCUAGUUAUGUAAGAUAUAUAUAUAUAUAAAAGUAUAAAAAUGGUAGUACAUUUGCAACUCCCUACACAAAGCAGGAAAAGUGAUUUGCUCAUUAGAGUAUUUAAAUGCUUCCUAGUCAGUAAACUACUGAAGGAUUAACAGAAUUUCAACAAGUAAAACAAACACUUCUAUAGAUAAGUAAUGAAAAAAAGUGUAAUUGUAGCAUUGUUGCAUUUUGCUAGAUUCAAUAACAGAAAUAGCAGUACUGUUCACUGCUUAAUAUCCAAUGUGCGAAUGUAAAUAAAUCUUUGAAAGAAAAAUUAAAUAUAUUGAAGAUAUGCACAA